AUGCGGACCGGCUGGAAUGAAAGCUGCAACUCGAGGGUUUCAGAAUCUGGGAGUUUGUGGUUUACCGGUGCACCUACCAAAGCAAGUCUUACUGGGACGAAUUCAUGCGUCGAUUUCUCUACCACGUCCCAAAAAAAGCUGCAGCCUAGCAAUGGCCUCGACUUGGACGCCUUCCGCCUGAAGGCCUUCCAGGAUCCAUCUUUUGACGGCGCGACCGCGGCAGUUUACCGAGAGCAAUUCAACAAGUGGGCUGCGGUGGCAGUUCAAGAAGAGCAUGGCAAGACCCUCGAAGAGGCCCUCAUGCACCCAGCCGAUCCGGAGACGAUCGGUAAUUUCAGUGGCUAUGUGCGGAUAGUGAAUGGCCAGUGGUGUCCAGAGUCUGAUUCAGACGAGGAGGCAGAGGCCGAUAAUGUGCUUUAA